GUGUGUGAGGACAGUUGUCGUGCAGCAGGUGCUGGUUGUUCGUGAUUUAUUUAGAAACAACUGAAGCUCCCAGUCAGCUGUGAACGCACCACGAGGCAAAGACCAGAACCCAGAGUGGGGACACUUCAGACCUGGAGAGUCCUGGACAGUCCUGGAGAGUCCUGCAGGUUUUGGAGUCUCUUGGUGAUUUCCUGUGGGACAGAUUGAGGACCUGGACUGAGGACCUGGACUCUGACACUGAACCAGCUGGAGUAUUUCAGAGUCUCAGUUAAAGGGAAGAAGGAGUCCCUCAGGUGUCAGGUCAUGUGACAGGUCAGGUCAUGUGUUGUCUGGUUGGUCCUGAGGCAGUGGAGGAUCUCUGCUAACAGACAGGUGGUGCUGGUCUCUGUGAUCCUGUCCUGGGUUCAGUCUGCUGAUGGCCGCCAUCGCACAACACACAGCGUUACCAUGGAAACGCUGCAUCCACCUGACUCUGCUGCUAGUCCUGCUGAGUUUACCUGAAGCUGGAGCUUCCUGUCGUAUCCUGAGGUGUAACUCUGACUUUGUGGCUGCGACGUUGGACCUGGGCAGCAGAGCAGCGAGGGGAGGAGGAGGAGGAGGACCAGGUGGAGCGGCUCUCAGCAGGGAGGCAGUGAACGCCGGAUACUGCAGCGCCCUGCGCUCCUACGCCAUGUGCACAAAGCGGAUGGCGCGGGCGUGUCGCGGCGACCUGGCGUACCACUCGGCGGUUCAGGGCAUCGAGGACCUGCUGAUCCAGCACCGUUGCCCCCGGGCAGGGCCCACGGCCCAGCCCCGCCCCGUCCCUCAGGGCACGCUGUCGGGGGACGCCUGCGUCUACGAGAGCAGCUUCGUCGGCAGGGAGGGCCGCGCGGCGGAGUACCUGCACUGCGGCGUGUUCGGGGACCCGCACGUCCGAACCUUCAACGACGACUUCCACACCUGCGCCGUGCAGGGGGCGUGGCCUCUCAUCGACAACGAGUACCUGUACAUACAGGCCACCAGCUCGCCGAGCAGGGGGGGGACACACGGCACCGUCCUCAGCAAGAUCACCAUCAUCUUUAAGAACAUGCGUCAGUGCAUCGAUCAGCAGCUGUACCAGGCCGAGCUCGAUAACGUUCCCGCUGCCUUCACUGACGGCUCCGUGUCGAGCGGGGAGCGGCGAGGUCACCGCAGCCUGAUGGUCCGGACUCAGAGUCCCGGCCGGCACGCUGAGAUCCGGGCGGCUCACAUCGGAACGCUGCUGGUGGUGCGUCAGAGCGGCCGGUCUCUCGGCCUGUCGGUGCGGUCGCCGCGCAGCGUGGUGGAGGCCUUCGGCCCGGAGCAGGACCUGCAGCUGUGCGUGUGGGGCUGCCCCCCCUCCCAGAGACUCAACACGCUCCGCCCCCUGCCACCGGACUCCUCGCUGUCCGCCACCAUCAGUGCCCACGCCCACUGCGCCGCGCUGCUUCCUGCCCGGGACAUCUACCACCAGGCCUGCGUGUUCGACCUGAUCACCAGCGGAGACCUGAACUCAAGCUCGGCCGCCGUCGGCGCGCUGCAGGACGCACGCAACAUGAUCCCUGAGCGGGAGAGAGUCCACCUGCUGCUGGUCGCCUCCGCCAAGCGUCGCCGAGCACGACCGCACCUGACGCUGCUGCUGCUGCUGCUCGGCAUGCUGGGAACUCAGACCACAGCCUGAGGCGGCAGGAAGUCACUGAUGACAUCACUGAUGACAUCACUCCACACAGACCAGAGGACUGAGGAGGACAGGAGACACACCUGAGGUCAUGUGACGCAGCAGGUGAUGUGGACUGACCCGGUCUCUGUGGACCAGGUUCUGGAUCAGCUGCUGUAAACUGGUUUCACAGAAACAGAAAGACCUGAGUUUGAUCUUGAUUCUGGUUCUUCAGCAGAGUCAGUUUAAAGUAGAGUCUCGUGUUUUUACCUGAAUCAGGUUCUCAGGUGUUUUCAGUCUGAGGUGAACAAACUCUGAUCAGAGACUCAGACAAACGGUAAGAAAUUACAGUCAAUUCUCCAGAGAUCGCAGCUCCGCUCUGCUCUGACACAGAGGAGCUAUUUACUGUUUAGCUACAGAGCUAACGUUACCUGGCUAACGUUACCUGGCUAACGUUAGCUUAAAUCACUGGUGUCCAAAACAGCAUCAUAAUGUAUCAAGCAUUCACUGAACCAACACUGACAGUAACGUUAGUUAAUGUUACAGAACAAGGAGGUGGUUCUGGUCUGAGUAUUUUAGUCUGGACCACAGCUGGGUCAGUCGGCCAUCGCUCCGUCAAAAUGAUUCCACUCGAACAGUUUCUAUUAGAAGAGAGUUUCUGUUUCCUGCUCAGGUGUUCUGCUGAGAACCACCUCCCCAUCACAGGAACCACUAAAGCAGAAAGUACCAGAGAUGUGGUGACUUAAAAACCAGCUGACGACACUGUCAGCAGCCCGGCAGGAGAGACGCUCCACACUGCAGCACCUGUUCAUUGAUCAAUGCUGCACCGACUACAAACAUCUUUGUCCCGAUCAAUCAUUUAGGGAAAAUAAAGUCCAGGGUCUCUGGGUUUGUUCUUGA